AUGGGGUUUGAACUGUUUGCUUGUCCGACAUGCCUUUUGCUUUCUUGGUAUGUCUCUCCGUCUUCCAUCACUCGUUAUCUCUUAUCGUUUAUCACUUAUACAGAUAACGCACCGCAGCUGCUCGGCAGCUGUCUUGAGCUGCCAGGGCUGCCAGGGACCGCCAAGGCCAGAACCUCAACGAACGCCAAGCCCUGUUCACCGCCCGUGGGGUCAGGCUGGCCCAGCGGCGAACUGCCCCACCAUUUCCGCCCGCCAAUCGUCCCCGAUGCCCAUCCACGCGGCGGUCCUGAACUAGGUUGCCAAGCAAGCAACUGCAGUGGGAAGUGUCCGUUUCAAUCCACCAAGAGCACCGAGUGGCCACCGACCGAUGACCGAAGCCCACCACUGACUGAGCAACAACCGCCAACUGCAACUGCAACUGGAAAGAUUAACAACCUCUGA